AGGUGCCCCCCUCCCCCCCGCAUCCAAAAUGCCAUUGAAAGCAUUUGAUACCUUCAAAGAAAAAUUUCUGAAACCUGGGAAGGAAGGAGUGAAGACCGCCGUGGGAGAUUCGCUGGGGAUUUUACAAAGAAAAAUCGAUGGUACCCACGAGGACGAAGACAGCCUUGAGCUGAACGAGGAAGGCAGGCCGGUGCCCACGCCCAGGCCCGGCCCCCCGCGCUGCAGCUGCCACUGCUGUGGUCUCCCCAAGCGCUACAUCAUUGCCAUCAUGAGCGGGCUGGGAUUCUGCAUUUCCUUCGGGAUUCGGUGCAACCUUGGCGUUGCCAUCGUGGAAAUGGUCAACAACAGCACUGUGUAUGUGGAUGGAAAACCAGAAAUUCAGACAGCACAGUUUAACUGGGACCCAGAGACUGUAGGCCUUAUCCACGGAUCCUUUUUCUGGGGUUAUAUUGUGACACAAAUUCCAGGUGGUUUCAUCUCGAACAAGUUUGCUGCUAACAGGGUCUUCGGAGCUGCCAUCUUCUUAACGUCCACUUUGAACAUGCUCAUUCCUGCUGCAGCCAGAGUGCAUUAUGGAUGUGUCAUGUGUGUCCGGAUUUUGCAGGGUCUGGUGGAGGGUGUGACUUACCCAGCCUGCCACGGGAUGUGGAGUAAGUGGGCGCCCCCGCUGGAGAGAAGCCGGCUGGCCACGACUUCUUUUUGUGGCUCCUAUGCGGGGGCGGUGGUGGCCAUGCCCCUGGCGGGGUUGCUGGUUCAGUACAUUGGAUGGUCCUCUGUCUUUUAUAUUUAUGGUAUGUUUGGGAUUCUCUGGUACACAUUCUGGUUGCUGCAGGCUUAUGAGUGUCCAGCAGCUCACCCAACAAUCUCCACCGAGGAGAGGACCUACAUAGAGACAAGUAUAGGCGAGGGCGCCAACUUGGUUGACCUAAGUGUGGGUCUCUUGUCAGCAGUCCCACACAUGGUUAUGACGAUCAUCGUGCCUAUUGGAGGACAACUGGCUGACUAUUUAAGAAGCAGAAAAAUUCUGACCACGACUGCUGUGAGAAAGAUCAUGAACUGUGGAGGUUUUGGCAUGGAGGCAACAUUACUCCUGGUGGUUGGCUUUUCCCAUACCAAAGGGGUGGCCAUCUCCUUUCUGGUACUUGCUGUGGGAUUUAGUGGCUUUGCUAUUUCAGGUUUCAACGUCAACCACCUGGACAUUGCACCCCGCUACGCCAGCAUCCUCAUGGGCAUCUCCAAUGGAGUGGGGACCCUCUCUGGAAUGGUGUGUCCCCUCAUUGUUGGUGCAAUGACCAAGCACAAGACCCGCGAGGAGUGGCAGAACGUGUUCCUCAUAGCGGCGCUGGUGCACUACAGUGGUGUGAUCUUCUACGGGGUCUUUGCUUCUGGGGAGAAGCAGGAGUGGGCUGAUCCGGAGAACCUCUCUGAGGAGAAAUGUGGAUUCAUUGACCAGGACGAAUUAGCUGAGGAGACAGAACUCAACCAUGAGAAUCUGGCGAGUCCCAGGAAGAAGAUGUCUUAUGGAGCCACCACCCAGAAUUGUGGGAUCCAGGGGGAGGAAUGGAGAGGCCAGAGAGGCGCCACCCUUGAUGAUGAAGAGCUGACAUCCUACCAGAAUGAAGAGGGACCCUUCUCAGACACAUGCUAGGGACUGGGGGCACUCCUGUGUCCUCCUCACUUAGAACCAGAACAUCUCCUUCCCUGUUGGCUUCUCCACAGCCCGGCCGGCCAGAGGGCC